UAUGACGUGAGGAGUAAAACCUGCUGGCUGCCUGUCCAUUGAAAAGUGAAGUGUGUUUGUCGAAGCUGUGGGUGUCGGACUUUCUCUCUUAUUUUUUCUUUUCUUCUGUGGUUUCUGUCAUCUUUAAGUUAAUUUUCAGGUUUCGCGAAUUUUCUAUAGUGAAACCAACCGCUGUAGCUAACCUAGAGGAUGUUUUAGAAAAGUUCCUUCAGCGUUUUUUUAGGAACCGGUGGAAGGCGGACACCACCAGAGAUGGAUAAGCUAACAGAUAGCUCACUUGUUAGCCGAAAAUCAUAGAUCACAGAAUAGAUUUGAGCUAGCAUGCUAACAACUGUCUAACUUAGCAUUGUCGGCUAAGUGAGAGACUUUAACUCCUAACAUCAGAAUUACUCCCUUCUAGUCUCUGGGCCUUGUUGUUAUUUCGCCGUGUUCCGUUUGUCAGAAGACUGUUCAAAAAAGGAGAACGACGGUGCGGCAUUGUCGAGAAGUGGCAGCUAAGUUACCUCACCAAGACUGUGGACAUUAUGCUGUCUAACGCUCAGAACCAACCACUCUUUCCGAACCCGGCGGGCCAGCAGAACCCCACAGGCCAGUUUCACGCCAGACCCCACCUACAGAUUAAGAAGAACGCCAUAACAGACGACUACAAGAUAACCAGCCAGGUGCUUGGGCUGGGGAUCAAUGGCAAAGUGGUGGAAAUCUUCCAGAGGAAGACCGGUGACAAAUAUGCGUUAAAGAUGCUGCAGGACUGUCCCAAGGCACGCAGAGAAGUGGAGCUUCACUGGAGGGCGUCCCCGUGUGCCAAUAUUGUGCGCAUUGUUGAUGUUUAUGAGAAUCUCUAUCAAAGCAAGAAGUGUCUGCUUAUUGUCAUGGAGUGUAUGGAUGGGGGUGAGCUUUUCAGUCGAAUCCAGGACAGAGGAGACCAGGCCUUCACAGAGAAAGAGGCCUCUGAUAUCAUGAAGAGCAUAGGAGAGGCCAUCCAGUUCCUACAUGCAAUCAAUAUCGCACACAGAGACGUCAAGCCCGAGAAUUUACUGUAUUCUUCAAAGAGGCCCAAAGCUCUCCUGAAACUCACAGACUUCGGCUUUGCCAAGGAGACGACCUCACACAACUCUUUAGACACUCCCUGCUACACACCUUACUAUGUUGCUCCAGAGGUUCUUGGCCCAGAGAAGUAUGACAAGUCAUGCGACAUGUGGUCUUUGGGCGUCAUUAUGUAUAUUCUAUUGUGUGGGUACCCUCCUUUUUAUUCUAACCAUGGACUGGCCAUCUCUCCUGGGAUGAAGAAGAGGAUAAGGAUGGGCCAGUAUGAAUUUCCCAACCCUGAAUGGUCAGAGGUGUCAGAAGAAGCUAAACAGCUGAUCAGGACCCUCCUAAAGACUGAGCCGACCCAAAGGAUGACCAUCACAGAGUUCAUGAAUCAUCCGUGGAUCAAUCAAUCAAUGGAGGUUCCCCAGACGCCACUUCACACCAGCAGGGUUUUAAAGGAGGAGAGGGAUGCAUGGGAGGAAGUCAAGGAGGAAAUGACCAGUGCCUUGGCAACAAUGAGGGUCGACUACGAGCAAAUCAAAAUCAAGACCAUUGAAGACUCUACCAAUCCACUGCUAACGAAAAGGAGGAAGAAAGCCAACAACGCCAUGCCAGACCCAAAGUCUGCUGCCCAUUGAAAGAGUCAGGCUUGCAUGCACAUACAACACAGGUUGAGAGGAGAAAGCAAUAAUUUGUCGACACAAGUCGCACUGCAUGGAUUUUCUCAGUGUAUUAUUUUUCUUGGCAAAUUCUAAAGUUUUGUAUAAGUGGUUUUUGUUUUUGUUACUCUGCCAUUUUAAACAAGCUCAUCACUCUGCUCCUUGCAGGGUGAUGAGCAGGUACAUGUUUUUACACCAGAGGACAGAUAAUGAAAUGCAGAAAAACAGAGGAACAGGGUGUUUUGGAUCUCUCUCUCCUUCUCUUUUCAAGAAUCUCAGACUGUAAUUGAGGGGGUUGAAUAUUGAAACAAAACAUAAAGAAUAGCAUUAGCUGUAGCGAAAUUGUAUCCCACAGCCCUCCUACCUGUGAAUGUUAUAUCACAUGACUUAUUCCCAAAAAAUGGAAACAAGCGAAGGUUUCUCUCUGAGUACAUGCAAAGUAAGCAGAAGUAUUUUGAAUGACAAGAGGAAUGUAUAGACACUGUUGCGGUCUGUGGGAAUUAGGAAAAAAUAGAUGCUGAUUUCUGGGAUUUGGACAGGAAGGGUCUGUCAGUUUCAGUUUGUCUUUAUGAAUGUUAAACUGAGGCCUAUGCACUCACACAAGGGAACUGUGCCACUGACAGAGCACCUCACUCGUAGCCCUUCUCUCCUACCUAACUAGGUGCUGGUCAGAAAGAGAGAGUGAAGAAAGAUAUUCCUGAACGACUCUUUCUUUUACACGUAGCUCACUGGAGAGGAGGCAACAAAUGAUACUGUAUUUUUUCAUGGAUUUUUAUGACCGUUUUAGCCUAGGCCUUACUGAGUAUUGCUUAUCAGUAAAUAGCUUUUAACCCCUUCUUGGCAUUUGGUUCAAGCUUUUACCAAUGUUACUCUUCUGAUUUGAAAAUAUUAGCAGAUUGACUUUCAGGUUAAUGCUAUGCAGAUGUGUUUGUCAGCUUGGAAUAUUGUUGAAACUGUCUUUUUUUGGUAUCUUCUGAUUGCAAAUGUGUUGGGAAGAUGUUCUGCAUCGAUAUGAGGGGUUUAUGUAGGGAGUAGACUCCUGUAAAGUGCACACUGACCAGUUCUGUUAGGGGGCUAUCUUUAAACUAACCUGGAUUUAUGCCACCAUUCUCCAGCAAUUCUGCCCACUUCCUGAAGUACUGAGUUGAAUUAGAAAGAACUAUGGUGCACAAUUGAAACCACCAGCAGGUUACCACACUCGCAAUUUUUCAUUGUCCUUAAUGUUUUGUCAAUCUGCCAGUACACUUCCUAACUCAGUUGGGAUUAUAGAAAAUGAUCAAUAAUUUUGUCAUUUGGUCUUUGUCACUUUGUAAAAUCACAUCCACGUCACCAUUUGUAUCACCUCUCAUAGUGAGAAUGUUUCUGAUUGCUUUCGACCCCCGAUGUCUGUCUUUACCCUCGUCUUUGAGUCUGUUCAGCUCCACCUGCCAUACUUUUUUGUCUGCUUCAGCUUUGGAUUAAAAAACACUUGUAAAAUAAA